AUGUCAGGCAUCUCAACCGUCCCCUUCGCGGAGCCGCCGUACCUGCGCGGCCUCCCAUCGCCAUACUACAGCGAGGGCCACCGCCGCUUCCAAAAGGCCGCCCGCGAGUUCCUGUACGAGAACCUGAUCAAGCAUGCCCUGGACUGGGAGAGGGAGGGCACCGUCCCCGAACACGUCUUCAAGGACUUCUGCAGGGCCAACAUGCUGCUGCCGAACCUGCCGGCUCCUCUGCCCGCCGAGUGGCUGAAGAAGCUGGGGAUCCAUGAUAUCCUGGGCGUGAAGGUUGAGGAGUGGGAUUAUCUGCACACGGGGAUUUACACUGAUGAGCUUGCUCGCUCUGGUCUCAGCGGCCCCGGCGGUUCGCUCAACGCUGGCUUCGCCUUCGGUAUCCCCCCAAUCAUCAAGUACGGCAGCAAGCAGCUGCAGGAGAAAUUCCUGCCUGAUCUCUUGACUGGCCGCGCGCGAUGCUGCAUCGCCAUUACAGAACCCGAUGCUGGAUCCGACGUUGCGAACAUCACCACGACCGCGACCAAGUCCGACGACGGCAAGUACUAUAUCAUCAACGGAAACAAGAAAUGGAUCACCAACGGAAUCUGGUCCGAGUACAGCACCAUGGCCGUGCGCACCGGCGGCCCCGGCGCAGCUGGACUCUCGCUUCUCGUCGUCCCAUUAAAGGGCUACCCGGGCGUCUCAAUGCAACGACUCAAGGUCUCCGGCCAAGUCUCGGGAGGAACAACAUACAUCGAGCUCGACGACGUCAAAGUCCCCGUGGAGAACCUGAUCGGGCGCGAAGGCGAGGGCAUGAAGUUCGUCAUGAACAACUUCAACCACGAGCGCCUGACCAUCUCGGUCGGGGUGACGCGGCAGGCGCGCGUGGCGCUCUCCGCUGCAUUUGCCUACUGCUUGAAGCGUGAGGCGUUUGGCAAGACACUCAUGGACCAGCCUGUUGUGCGGCACCGGUUGGCGAAGGCCGGGGGCGAGCUGGAGACGAUGUGGGCGUUUGUGGAGCAGUUACUGUAUCAGCUUGCCAAUAUGCCCAAGGACGAGGCGGAUCGUCGGCUUGGGGGAGUGACGGCGCUGGCGAAGGCGAAGUCGGCCAUGGUUCUGAAUGAGUGUGCGCAGACUGCGGUGCUGCUGUUUGGUGGCGCUGGCUUCACGAAGCAGGGCCAGGGAGAGCUGGUCGAGGCCAUCCUGCGAGAUGUGCCUGGGGCGAGAAUCCCCGGUGGCUCGGAGGAUGUGCUGUUGGACUUGUCGGUGAGACAGCUGGUCAAGCUAUACAAGUCGGAGGAGGGCAAGUUGGGUAAGUCGAAGAUCUAG